UUGGCGGGUUAUCCAAGUUUGCGGACACGGCAGCAGUUUUGCCGUCGAAAUUCCUCACGAAUUUAUCCGGCGUUAAAAUAUAUUUUGCUGACUAAAAAGUUAUGAUGUCCUAGGUUAACACUGAGUUCAAUUUUCGACCAGUUAAUAUCAGUUCUCUGCACUUAUGCUGUCGUCAUCGAUUGCCAAUGUCGGCAUCGGUUCUCGUUAAAUUGAGCAACAGCAGCAAAAUUAUGAAAAUUGCUCAUCCCUGAGUAGGAAACUUAGAUCCCUGGGAAUAGGUGUGUUAAGCUGUUUUCAAAAUGAGCUCAAAACGUCGGAUGAAACAAGACUCGGAAGAUGAAGAUCCUCCGUCACCCAGUACGAGCAAAAAGACAAAGAAGGCAGAAAAGGCAGUGCCUGUUGCCCUUGUGCUGAAUAAACGUGGAAUGCCUCAGCGUAUAAGGAAAAAGAACCGAUUGUAUGAGAAUGACGACAUCAUUACCCCUACAAAGCAGUCUCCCAAAAAAGCACCUGCAGCAUCUCCUGCUCCUAAGCCCACUCCAACAAAAACAACACCCAAGGUACCAGUUAAGUCCACCCCAAAGUUGGUUCAGCCUUCCACCCCUGUGACGCCAAAAGAAGAAGUUAAAGAGAAAGAAAAGGAAAAAGAGCCUCCCAAGAAGAAGGAAAACAGACUUCCGUCAGAAAAAAAGAUGAAGAGCCUUUCUCUAAUGACAUCAGAUGCGUUUGUCGCUCCAGACAAGAAAAUUGCUCAAAAAAUUGGCGUUAGGUUGAGAAACUUGCUGAAGCUACCCAAGGCUCACAAGUGGGUGUGCUACGAGUGGUUCUACAGUAACCUUGACAGGCCGCUGUUCCAAGGAGAUAAUGAUUUCAUGACUUGCCUGAAGGAAUCAUUCCCUCAGCUGAAGACGAGAAAACUAUCCAGAGUUGAAUGGUGCAAAAUCAGAAGAAUGAUGGGAAAGCCAAGACGCUGUUCUCCGAGUUUCUUUGAUGAAGAGCGGAGGGAGCUUGAGAGAAAAAGAACCAAAAUCAGAGCUCUGCAGCAGAGGAAGGCAUCCACAGACAUGGCCAUGUUCAAGGACCUUCCUGACGAAAUUCCGCUACAGCUGUCCAUUGGCACCAAGGUGACAGCUCGUCUGCGCAGACCACAAGAUGGUCUCUUCUCUGGCUCCAUCGAUGCUGUGGACACUUCAAACAACACUUACCGAAUCACCUUUGAUCGGCAGGGUCUUGGCACCCACUCAAUCCCUGACUAUGAAGUUCUGUCGAACGAACAGCCAGAAAUGAUAUCUGUGGCCAGCAUAGCCGCCCGCAUGCGUCCUAGGUCGUACAGCAGUUUGCCCACGGAGAUGUCGUCUCGGUUGAAAAUGGAGACGCCCAUGAUGGCGCCCAAGUACAAGCCCCAGAACACAGAAGCCACCGGCGGAUUCCCGAUUAAGUUGCUUGAGACGGUUGUGCGUCUGCAGAAGAUCCUCAAGAUCAAGCAGUUCCGAGUCAACUCAUUGAGGGAUAUGAACACUGAGGCGGAACGAAGAGUGUCUAUGGGCAUACCUUUCCCGCCAGACUUCGUCAGGCGUUAUGCCAUCUCUGUCCUUGAGCUGGACAGAUUGAACGUUGCCCUUUCAGACCUGCUGCAGGCCAUGCAGGAAACCUGCGGUGAUGGGAUUUCCAUGGACGAAACAGUCGGAUCUGCAGUUGCCGUGGCUCCGUCAACAUUGCGCCAGUUGAGUGAAGAGGAAGCUCGUGUUGUUGUGGUUCGUCACAACGAGGCCAAGCAGAGUCAAAUGGUCACCAGUGACCAUUCCAUGCAAUUGAUUUCUUCACUCACCAGCAUCAUGCUACAGUUGAAGGGUUUGGUGCUGGCUGAAGGAGACAACGCAUUCGAGCUGCAAGUUCUGCAGGAGACUGUUGAUAAGUUGCGUCAGACGCUGCAUCCUGCAUCGCUGAAGAUUUUCAAGGAGUGUGUUGAAGACCCUCUGGACAAGAUUCAGCUGGGUAUGGGACACCGAGGAAUGCUUAUUCCUUUUCUUACCCAGCGAGCAUAGUUUUCACCCUGAGUGAGGGCCUGGGUGAAGACCCUAUUUUAUAAUUUGUUCUCUUGGGUUUUGUUGCAUCAAUGCAUGCGAUCUAUGCUGCGCAAACACUGUUGUAAAAAUCACUAUCAUAAAUGCUGUGGGAUCCGUGGGUUUUGCUGCAACCGCUAUCAAUAGUUCAAACAAACAUCAUGUCGUUGACACAGUUGCUGUCUGAGUCAUAUUAUCUGUUGAAAACUCGCAAAUAAUGCAAAUAAUAAACUAAUAUCCCAUGUACAAGCUGGUAUAAUUAUGAUAAUUAUUGUACAGCCUCUAGGAUUGCUGUUAUUUUCAUACUUCUUCACAACCGUGAAUUUUGUCAGAUGAUGUGCGUGGCGAUUAUAUAAUAAAGAGUAUUGAUAUUCACUGCAUAA